ACUUCACCGGUGUUAGUCUCUGCAAUGUUUCAAACAACGUAUUAUACUAUUCUCACGGCGUAACGCCUUGACGAAGGAGGAGGAGGGAAACAAUGAUUCCCCAGGUGGAGAGAGAUUCAUCUAUUCAAAUUCAUCUCCCGGGGAGCAGCCAUUCUACACCUUCUCCGCCUGCUUCUCCUCUUCUCUGCCGCAGCCGUUCAAAAUCCUUCCUACAGCCGAAUCGGAACCUCCCUCACCGCGUCUCUUGGAUCCUCUUAUCGCUUCUUCUCCGUCGUCAGGGGAUUCUACUCUUCGCUCCUCUCAUCUACAUCUUCUGUAUGCUCUUUCACAUGCGCACGGCGUCGUUUGAUCCCGGUCCCCUCAUCAAUCGCCGCCCGGCUCCCGGAUCCGUUUAUAGAAGCCCGCAGGUUUACGCUAAGCUGCAAGCGGCGAUGGACGCCGAUAACGCCACGGCUGAUGCGAUAUCAACAAUUUGGAAACGUUCUUAUAAAGGUGUGGAGUGGAAGCCAUGCGUCAACAAGUCCAAUGGAGUUUUGCCUGAGUCGAAUGGUUUCAUAUUCAUUGAGGCAAAUGGAGGUUUGAAUCAGCAGCGGACUUCGAUAUGCAAUGCGGUUGCUGUGGCAGGCUACCUUAAUGCGACUCUUGUGAUUCCCAACUUUCAUUAUCACAGCAUAUGGAAAGAUCCGAGUAAAUUUGGGGAUAUAUACGAUGAAGAAUACUUUGUCAGCACCUUAGCAAAUGAUGUGCGGGUGGUUGAUACAGUUCCUGAGUACUUAAUGGAGCGUUUUGACUAUAACUUGACCAAAGUAUACAACUUCAGAGUUAAAGCAUGGGCGCCCACUCACUAUUACCGGGAUUCAGUCCUGCCAAAGCUACUUGAAGAAAAGGUCAUAAGAAUUUCCCCAUUUGCAAAUAGACUUUCGUUUGAUGCUCCAAGACCUGUCCAGAGAUUUCGAUGUUUGGCCAAUAAUGUCGCUUUGCGAUUUGCAAAACCCAUACUAACCCAAGGAAAAACACUGGUGAAGAAAAUGAAAGAGCUUAGUGCUAACAACGCCGGGAAGUACGUUUCUGUGCAUCUUCGUUUUGAAGAGGAUAUGGUAGCUUUCUCUUGUUGUGUAUUUGAUGGUGGCAACCAAGAAAAACAAGACAUGAUUGCGGCUAGAGAACGGGGGUGGAAAGGGAAAUUCACAAAACCUGGCCGUGUGAUACGACCCGGAGCUAUUAGACUCAAUGGGAAAUGCCCUUUAACUCCUUUAGAGGUGGGUUUGAUUCUUAGAGGAAUGGGAUUCAACAAAAGCACAUAUAUAUACCUGGCCUCUGGACCGAUAUAUGGUGCAAAUAGAACUAUGGCUCCACUACUCGAGAUGUUCCCUAAUCUACAGACGAAGGAGAUGCUUGCGUCUGAGGAAGAACUUGCUCCUUUUAAGAACUUCUCAUCGAGAAUGGCUGCACUAGAUUACACAGUGUGUCUCCACAGUGAGGUAUUUGUGACAACACAAGGAGGAAACUUCCCUCAUUUCCUCAUGGGGCAUCGGAGGUAUUUGUUUGGAGGACAUUCAAAAACCAUUCGGCCUGAUAAGCGAAAGUUAGCCGUACUCUUUGGCAAUCCCAAGUUGGGAUGGAGAAGUUUUAAACAUCAGAUGCUACACAUGAGGUCUCAUAGCGACUCCAAGGGUUUUGAGCUGAAACGAGCUAGUGACUCCAUUUACAUAUUCCCUUGCCCUGACUGUAUGUGCCGCAGGAACAAAACUACGGCAACCACCUGACACAUUGUUGCCAGAGGUCAUGGAAUCUGGUAUAUUAUUUAAUUCAUUGUAUUGGUAAAUUCUUUUAGUUUGCCACAUCCACAUCCAAACAGAGCGGUAGAGAGAGGACUAGUCUGCGUUUUCAGGGCCUUCCCAAGCAUUCUCCAUGGGUGAAUUUUUUUUGACACAUUGAAGUUGAUGUAUCUAAAUGAGUUAGGGUAGAAGAAACCUGUCCAAAAGUUUUGUACAUUGACUGGGUUCCAAUUUUUAUUUAUCAAUUCUUUGAAGGAGUUUUUAAAUU